UGCUGCUUUCUAAUUUUUCUUGCCUUUUCACAGUUGGUGGAGAAGUUGGCGGAUGCAAUCGAAACUGGAACGAAGGACCAGAAUUUUGAUAAAUUGGUUGAUGACUUGACCACCCAAUUUGCAAGGUGUCAACAACUACUGAACUCUAUAUCAGGAACAAUAAGUAGCAAGUCUAUGACAGUUGAAGGACAAAAGCGUAAAGUUGAAGAAACUAUGCAACAGCUCAACCAAAGAAGGGAACUGAUUAGCAAGUACAGAAGCUGCAUUGAAGAGCUUGUUAAAUCUGAUAAUAUAAGAUAAGAGUCGUUUUGACUACUUGUAGCUUAUGCUGAGAGCUUAUGUAGUUGUAUCCUUGUGAAAAUAGUGUAUAAAAACUGAAAGUUGUUUCACUCGAGUCUUGAAAUGUGGAGGAACCUUUGGUUAGUUCAGGUUUACCUGUUGUUAUAUGUGAGGUCAGCUAGGAAUCCGCCAAAAACCCCCCCGAAGAGAAAUUAGGAGAGAACAUUGGUGUUUGGAGCCUAAUAUUUUUCUUUGAAGUAAAUGUUAUUUAUUACAGUUAGGUUUUAUUGUUUUUAGUACAGGCCUAGAAAUUAUGGACUGGCUUGACAAUUGAAUUGCUUGAUUUGCCAUGUAAGUGAUUAUUUUUGGGAUGCUUGUAUUGCAAUUUUUGUGUGCA